GGAGAAAUACCUAAGGCUAACACUAUUCUCCAUUUUCUUUAUACUGUUUUCUGGGUAAUAUCACAUAGAUGGAAAAUGAAGAUGGCUAUAUGGUAUUGGAUUACAGGAAUAUUUUAAAAUCCAGACAGAGGCCUAAAGAUUUCUCCCUGUAUCCACGAUAUCAUUGUCUUAUGCUAGUAUUUGGCUGUAUUGGGUUCCUUAUUUUCAUGAUCACACUGAUUUGCCUGAACUUUUGGGGUACAGAUAAAAGAAUGGAUUUCUCCCAGAAAGUAAAUAUCAGCCGUCUAGCAGGAAAUAAUUAUUUGUGCCCAAAAGACUGGCUACUGAACCAAGAGAAAUGCUACAAGUUUUCAAUUUCUUCUAAAACUUGGAAUGAGAGUCAACACGAUUGUGCAAAUCUACAGGCACAUUUACCAGUGAUCCAAACUCUGAAUGAGCUGGAGUUCAUACAGGAGACUUUAAAACCUGGAAAUCCUGGUUGGAUUGGACUACAUAGUACAUCCCCAGGAAAACAAUGGAUGUGGAUAAACAAACAACUUUUUGUGGAACAAAAUGAUUUUCUCAUGAUUGGACCAACGGAUCACGAGAGCUGUGCUGUCGUAACAGGAAAGCAGGUAUAUUCUGAAGACUGUAACUCCAAAUUUAAUGGCAUUUGCCAAAGAGAUGCUGUCUGAACAACGAAAACAAAUCUGUGCAUUUAAAUAAAGAUUUGGAUUAAAUUUA